UGCUUUUAGAUACAAAAAUGUUGGAGGUCCUGGCUAAGAAAAUACCUUUUCACAACUUAGCUAAUUCUUCUGUAGAAAAUCUCUUAAUACUUUUAACAACACUGCUAGUAGGUGUGUUUAUUUAUUCACGAACAAGACGAAGAGGAAAUUAUCCCCCAGGUCCAAUUGGUCUACCAUUGGUUGGAUAUGUACCUUUUUUGGGAUCAGAGCCUCAUAAAACUUUUGUGAAGCUAGCCAGAAAAUAUGGUGACAUUUUCAGCGUAUAUUUGGGUAGCAAGCACACCAUCAUUCUGAAUGAAUACAGCGUGAUGAAAGAGACUGUAACUCAUCCAGCUGCUCUCGAUAGAGCUCCGAAUAUUUUUGAUCACCUCCCGCUGGCAGGAUUCAUUAAGGCCAAUGGAGAAGAGUGGGUUGAGCAAAGAAGAUUUUGCCUUUUUGCCACAAGAGAUUUGGGUCUCGGAAGAGGACCAUGGGAAAAUCUUAUUAUGGAAGAAGUCACUGCCUUCACCAAGCAACUUGAAAGUUUUCAAGGACACCCAACUGAAAUUUCUCACAAUUUGAGCUCCUCCAUAUCCUCCAACAUCAUUUCCUUGUUGAUUGGUCGGCGCCUGGACAAAGAAAGAGAAGCAGAAAAAAUCCAGAUAUCUGUCCAGCACUCUGAUGUAGCUUUCACCUUCAACGGUCCUUCAAACAUAGCAUCCGUCAUGCCGUGGCUUCGAAAGUACCUGGAAUUUUUUAAAAUAGCUGGAUAUGACAGAGCAGCCAAAGCCAUUAGCAAAUUUGAUUCUUUUAUCAAAGAGGAAGUUGCAAGACAUAAGACAUCAUUAGAUUACAGAAACGUUCAUGACUUCAUCAAUACUUACCGAGAAAAAAUGAGUGAAGUUCUUCCUUCAGAAAAAAUAAAGCACUAUUUUACAGAGGAAAAUCUGGAAGGCAAUCUGAAUAUCUUGUUCCUAGGAGCGAGUGAUACUAUUUUUAGUUCCCUAACUUGGCUCUUCAGACUGAUGGCUAAACAUGAAGAUGUUCAAGAAAAAUGUUACACAGAAAUAAUGGACGUCCUGGGUAAAGAAGGAGUGGCUAGAUACAGUGAAAGGCAGAAAGUUCCAUAUACUUUUGCUGUCAUAAUGGAAUCUCAAAGAUUUUCAAGCAUCGUACCUCUUAGCACUACUCGAUUAGCGAAUAACGAUUUUACUAUCAAAGAUUACACCAUUCCUAAAGGAGCAGAGAUCGUAGCUAAUCUUUGGGCUUUGCACAAUGAUCCAAAAUACUGGAAGGAGCCGGAAAAAUUUAUACCGGAACGUUUCCUGACAAAUAAUGGAUCAACGUUAGUGAAGAAUCCUCCCAGCUAUGCUCCUUUCUCUCUUGGUCGACGAAACUGCCCAGGUGAAACAAUUGCUUGGAUGGAAAUACUGUCUUAUUUCACGGAAAUUCUUAAGAAAUUCAAAAUCUCUCCCCAGCCUGGCGCCAAGCUUAAUUUCACAGUCAUCAAUGGACUUGUUGCUCGCUUAGAACCUCAAUCCUUGUGCUUUGAAGCAAGAAGUGUUUAAUGAAGAGAAUGCCGAACACCGAAAAAGUGUAUUCGAAUUGUAAGAAUUUCUGGCGUUUGAAAAUAAAAAGAAAGCGUUGU